CAUUAAUUCACUGUGCAGAAUAUUGUGAUUGGGCCUCUGAUGAUUGUGUUGUAUAGUUUGAUCAACUUGCUGUAGCACAAAUAUUUUCAUUCAUGAUCGGAUGGCUGUUAAAGAUUAAGAAUACAAGUGGACUGAAAUUGAUAUUUCGAGAGGGCGAUGAAGACGUUGGCUCUGAUACAGUUGUUGUUUUCGGAAGGAAGCAGUGCAUUCAAGAAUAUUAUAAAAUAUCGUCGUUUUUCUUGAAGAACAGAGAUUCGUUUCCAGGUCUAAAUACAGCAUUAGAAGCACUGACAGAGAACGAACAAUUGACUUUGUUGGACACAAGUGGAAGAAGAAGAUUAAUAAUUUGCACCUAUGGUGGUAUGUCGAGUAAGAGAAACUGUCCUUGUCGACCGGAUCUUGUCAAAGAACUUGUUACUAAAGUGGCUCAUGUAACAGGCUCAAUGGAAAUCCACUCCAUUGUGUUGAGUCCAGAAGAUUGUUUUCCUAUAGGACUAGCAAUAGCAAGAGCAUUUCCUAUGUAUUCUCGUAAGACAUCAAGUUUGAGAUGUCCCAAUCUAGUUACUGUCAUGUUUGGCUAUGCAACUCGUAACAUAGUGGGACUUACCAAAACGGAUUAUGUUGCUGCGGCAGCUGAUGGUGUUCGUAUCGCGGCAUAUUUGGUGGAUGUUCCUUGUAAUGAAUUGAAUACGGAUAACUUUUAUGAGCAUUGUUGCAGACUUGCCUUAUGUUUAGGUGGGAAGGAAGCAGGUGUAUCUUUGCGUUGUAUACGAGGAGAAGAAUUGAAGAAGGAAGGACUUCAUUUGCUAUAUGGAGUUGGGAAAGCGGCUGCCAAUCCUAGCAAUCUGACUAUUUUAAGUUAUACUCCUGAACAUGCGGAGAAGACCAUUUGUUGGGUUGGGAAAGGAAUUGUAUAUGACUGUGGAGGAACGGCCCUCAAAUCAGCGGAUAGCUUGAGAGGAAUGAAACGCGAUUUAGGUGGAGCUGCUGCAGUUUUGGGAGCAUUUCAAGCUGCAGUUCGUUCUCAUUUUCCUUGGAGGAUUUAUGCUGUGUUUUGUGUAGCAGAAAAUCAAAUAUCACAUUUGGCCACAAGAAUAGAUGAUAUUGAAGUUGCUUAUUCAGGAAGAACAGUAGAAAUCAACAAUACAGAUGCGGAGGGUCGAAUGGUAUUGGCUGAUGGUAUUUGUUUUGCUUGUAAGAACUUUUUGCCCGACUUUGUUAUCGAUCUCGCUACUUUAACUGCUGUUCAUACUAUAGCAACUGGCCGCAAAAUUGCAGCAUUUUAUACUGCUUCAGAAGAGCUUGAAAUGUUGGCAAUCAAAGCAGGUAUUGCUUGCGGUGAAUUGUGCCAUCCGUUACCCUUUUAUCCAGAAUUCUGGCGUGAAAUGCUUUUCUCAGAUGUUGCAGAUAUGAAGAACUCUGUUCUACGUCGGGACAACUGUCCUUCUGCANGUGCUGCACAUUUUAUUAUGGAACACAUUCCAUCCAGCUAUAUUCAGAAAUGGAUUCAUUUCGAUAUUGCAGGUCCUGCGAGUGAUAUGGAUAGAGGUACUGGAUUUGGUGUUGGUUUACUAUUGAAAUUGUUGGAAGCUUUAUGAGAGACAAAUGUAAACAACAAAUAUUUACUGUGCUAGCUAGACUGUAAUAUGGACACACCUAAUAUACUGUGCACUAACAAGAGUACCAUAGUAACGGUUCCUAAAUAUGCAUGUACUUUUCUGCCGCUCAUUCUCUUUGUUGGUGUGCUCCCAAAACCACUGAAAGCAAUCCAAGCAUUGACAGUCAAUCCUAACAGAACUGCAACCGCAGAAAGUGAAUGAGUACUUUUCCAAACGGGAUAUCCUUGCAUAGCAACACUCAAAGUACCUCCUGAGGCACUGUGCUACUCAU